AUGAGCGACGCGAAAGGCGACGAUGGGUCGAGGGCGACGAGCGCGCGCGGGCAGGACGACGGGGGGGGGUGGCACACGGCGCACGGGCACGGACACCGCGAUCGCGACGGCGACGCGCGAAAGUCGCACGACGGCGGCGCGAGACGAGAGAGCGACACGCGCGAGGAAGCGAAGGUAAAGUGGCGAGGCGAUGGCGAUGGACAGGGCGCGGCGAGCGGGGGGUCGAGACGCGAGCGCGCGAGUCGAGGUGAGCGACGGGAGAAGUACGGGAAGGAUGGCGGACCGCCGGGGUGGGGCAAGCGAGACGCGAGGGAUUCGUGGGGGUCCAAGGCGUGGAUCGACGGCGAUGGGAAGCGAGCGGAGGGAGGCGAUGCGAAGGCGGAGGGAGGCGAAGGGCGCGGACGACACGGAAGCGGACGCGCGCAGGCGCGGGAAGGGAUUCCGACGAGACCCGCCGGUCGCGGUUUUACGAUGGGACGCGGGAAGAGCGGCGGGCAGGCGUUGGAGCUGAGUUUGGGGGCGUUGCAAGUGAGCAGCGUGAGCGAUGCGUUCUUCGAUGCGGUGAUGGCGAGAAAAGCGGCGAGCGGGCAGUUUGCGGACGACGGCGAAAAGACGGGCGACGACGCGGCGCCGGCGGAGACGCCGCCAGAAAAGAAGGAGAACGGCGCCAAGUAUCGCUACGAUGCCGCCCAGUUGGUGACGAUUCUGCGCGAGAUGGAGGCUUUGCAGACGUGUAAGUUGCCAGAAGACGUGUGCGGGACGAACGUGCCGUUGAAGGCGAUCAAACCGGGAGAUCCGAUGUGGGAGCUGACGAUGAUUGGUCGCCACGGCGACUGGCAGAAGAAGAAGGAACCGGUGCCCGAACCGAAGACGGCGGCGUCGGCGGCGACGACGACCCGUAAGGCGAAAGACGACGUCCCCGAGUGGGCUCAAGAAGGCAACUCUUUGGCUGACGCCAGCUUGACGGACGAUUCUUUCUUGGGUACCGCGCUGCCGCAGCUCACGGCGGAGGAACGACUCGGUUUGGCUGGUCUCGGCAAGCCCGCGGUUCCAGCGCAAGAACAAUCGAGAACAUCUCGAUUCGUCGCUUUAGAAGAGGACGAGACGCUCAUGCCGCACCUCUCUCACAUCGGAGGCAUGAUGCAGGCGCCGCCGCAACAAACGGUGCAGAUGCCGCCGAUGCAGAUGCCGCCGAUGCAGAUGCCGCCGCCGCAGCAACAGAUCCCACCGCAGCAACGACAACAGAUGCCGCCUACGCAGCAGCAGUUGCCGCCUCCGGUACCGGCAAACGUCGACUGGCUCUAUCUCGAUCCUUCGGGACAGCAACAGGGCCCGUUCACGCGUCAAGAGCUCAUAGAAUGGCAUCAAGGCGGCUUCUUUCCGAACGAUUUACCGUGCAAACCGAUCGACGCUCCGGCCGGUGCGCCCUUCAUGCCGUUAAUCGAACUCUUGCAAAACGGCUGGCGCUACCGCAUCCCGAUGCAACAGGCGCCGCCGCCGCAACAACAGGCGCCGCCGCCGCGACAGCAGGGCGGUUUACCACCGUGGCUCUCGCAGCAGGCGCAACCUUCCGGAGCGCCUCCACCGCGAGGUCUCACGUUAGAAGAGAUAGAGCAGUCGCACGGCAUCGCUCCUAAAGCCAUGUCGCAGCAAGCGGCGAGAUCGAACGCUCUCGCCAACUUUGCCGCGGGCUUGGGGAUAUCUAGUCAAGCGGGCGGGGCGCCGCCACGAGCUCGCGGUAUGACGCUCGCGGACAUCGAGAACAGACACAUGCACGAUAGAAGUGGUAGACAAGAAGUCGCGAGCGCGGAUGCGUCUUCGAAGUGGGACGCGCCACCGGCAGCGCGAGAUGUGCCGCGUCAACCGCCGCCGCAGCCGGCGAUGCCCCCCCCCGUCACGAUGCCGCCGCGCGUCGAACCCGCACCAGAACCCGCGAAGGCGGCGCCGACUGGACCAGCCUGGGGUGGUGCCGCUCCUGCACUACCAGCGGCGGUCGCCGGUAAGACGCUCCUGGAUAUUCAACGCGAGGAAGAGGCGCGCGCCGCGCAAGCGGCGAAGAACGCGCCGCCCCCGAGCACGCACACCGCUUUCGGCGGGGCUUGGGGUGGCAACGCUGGCGGCGGUGGCAAGAGCUUGAAGCAAAUCCAGGAAGAGGAAGCGUUGCGCGCCGCGGCGAAACACGAGGCUGAAGCGGCGAUGGCCCAGCAAAACCAGGCGAUGCAAACUUCUGGAGGCUGGGCCGCCGCCGCGGCGCCGAGUCAAGUCGCGCCGCGUCCGUCCGCGCCGAUGGUGGUGCCGAGGUCUGUGCCUCAGUCGCAGGCGCCAAAGGCUCGACCCGUCAUCGGUAACGCGGUCGCCCCUCUCACGCAGUCCGCGAUGUCGUCGAGCGCCCCCUUGCCUUCAGGUUUGCCUCCUUUGAACAACAAAAACGCCCUGCGCGCGUGGUGCAAGGCGCAAAUGUCCCAGUUGAACAAUUCAGACGACAUGACUUUGGUGGAUUUCUUGCUCGGUUUACCCUCCGCGGGCGAGGUUCAAGAGUACGUCGCGUUAUACUUGGGCAAAACCCCGCAGGCUAGCGCGUUCGCGGUCGAGCUCAUCCGUCAAAAGCGCGCCGACCCGUCGCUCGCCGAAGGUUUGGGCAACGGCGAGCUCGCCAAGGUGGCCGCUCAAGGCGCCGGUCCCGGGUUCUCCGGUGCCGACGGCGAGGACAACGAAGCCGGCUGGGCGUCCGCGGAGAAGAAGCGCCGCGGUAAGAAAUAG